AUGGGGAAGUUGAACUAUUCAGCAAGAAAGCGACUACCAGAUGGACCCGGCUUUAAAGCUGCAGCGAGGGAUCCUACAUUGGAGAUCGACAUUGCAAACAAGAAGUUGACAGACAAAGAUCUGCCUAUGUUCAUCGAUGAUCUCCUCGAGUGUAUCAGGGAGGAGCUUGGGAAAGUGAUCGAGUUCCAUAUCCAGGGAAACAGCCUCACCCUUAAAUCUCUACCGAAGCUGGGCGAGGCAAUUGCCCUCAACGCAGGCGAGCUCAGGGAGCUUGACAUCUCGAACAACAAUAUCAAUAUCAGCCCGAGCCCUGAAGAUAAGGCAAUAUGGUGCCAGUUCCUCAACUCCUUUAAGAAUUGCUAUAUGCUCAAGAAGCUUGAUCUUGGGGGUAACCCUCUGGGACCUGUGGGAUUGGAAACCCUUGCUCGUGUUUACAUCAAAAGUGAUCUUCACUUCCUCGAGGAUGAUGCUAAUGCUAUUGUCGAAUCUAAGAAUGAAAAAAGGUCUUUCAUCGAAGAUCCGGUUGCGGUGAAGGUCACGACAGGAAAGGAGAACGAAUAUAGCACGAGAGGUAGUCGCCCUGGAAAGUCGCCAAAUAAGGGGAAGAAGGCUCUGCGACAAAGUUUUGCACCUGACGACCUCAAACGUUUCGCCUGCACCCGUGGCCUUCGCUCGAUUGCCUAUCUCAUCUUGUCCAACAUUUACAUGGCAAAGAGUGGCACGGUGCACCUUGCGAGUAUGUUGAGCAUGCAAAGAACCUCGGAUCAGCUCCUAAAAUUCCUUCCCGGGGGCAAAUCCCUAGCCUUACCUGAAACCGCACGCGGCAAUAGCAUCGUCUGGCUUCCCAACGACACUCUUCCUCAAAUGGCGAGCGAGUUCCUCGAAAAGGCCGAAGCCAUCAACGAGAUAAAAACUCACAUUGACUCGGAUGAUGACCUUUCAGCUGACGAUGAGGCCCUGGGACUUGUCGGUGCCAUCGCCCAGACAAACGCCGAGCCUAACCACAAAAUCGACACUGCUGCACAGAGGGAACUUCAGAACAAGAAGAACACCGCAUACGCCAGACUCACGAAACGUGUCCGUAUGGAAGCACUGCACGACGAAGGCGUGCGUGGCACAGACCUAUGGAUCACUGCUCUGCGAAUGAUGAAUGUUUCCCGAAUCCUCCUUUGGCAAGGUAAGGACAGCAUUGUAGGCUCCCCAGACAAGGAACAAGGUCAGCAAGAAGACGACGACAGAGACGACCCCAAUCCUUCCGCAAUACACAUCGAAGACAUUACUCAGCAGUUCGAAGACCUGGAAGCAACAGCACAUCCCAGUUCCCGGAAAUCACCUUCUUCCCCCGUCGAAAUCCAUAUCAAUGAACCUGGCCGCAUGGGCCCUUUCCACCCCGGCACAGUCUCAUUCGACGUCAACUUCCCCAUCCUUCAUUCAUCCAACACAGAGAGUGUUGAGAUUCCACUCACCAGAAACGAUAUGUCCGCAUCACCACAACCCGUCCGUUCAGGAAAGGGCAACACCCGCACUACACUCGGAUCCCGAGCCCUCCGCAAGGAAAAAGAGACUUGGCGCUUUGGCUUUACGCUUGAGAUAUGGCGCAGAAUUAUUGUAGGUGCGGUCGGCGCGGAAGGUAUUCUGGACCUUGAACAGCAGACUCAGAUCAUGCGUUAUGCCACUGAUAGGAAGACUCUUAAGGAUGAGAUGGGUAUUACAGGUCUUGAGGAUCAUCAACAGAUCUGGAGGAUCUUGGAGAAGAAUAAUUGCUUCGUUUAUAGUCCUUUGUAGGGCUGAUGCGGGCAAUUGUCUCCUGUUAAAUACAGCUUCUGUGGGGAGUUAAGAGGGCUAGAUAAUAUCAACUCCGCUCGAGAUUCAAGGAAGGGGAGGGGGGAAAAUAGGCUCACAAACAGGUGACAGGGGCGAGUUUAGGCGAGACAACAAUAAAAGGUUAGAAAAGAUAUCCUGAAAACAUGCUU